AUGGAGGUCGAUAAUGAUGACGACGUCUUACAAACGCUUGCAGAGGGCAAGUCUAUGGACUAUGAACAAUGGCCAGCUCUGCUCCCGAGGCUGCUCACAAGACUCGAAAAGAUCGUGAAAGAUGACUUCCCACCUCCUUCAGCUCCGUCUUCACAACCUAUACCUUCCUCACCACCUGCACAAUCGACUACAGGCGACCCCUCCAGCCAAGACUCUACUCAAUCGACCAACAAAGAGAAUGCUCCUCCCAACACAAUCUCGACCCUCCCACCCGAAAUCCAAACCCUCCUCAAAUCAAUAACCUCAACUCUCAACUCAAUCUUCUCCAAGAACCCACCACAUACCAUUCAGCGAUUCGCCGAGCUCCUCCUCUACCCAAAGCAACACUACCGCACACUCGCCUCCUACCUGCACGCCCUCGACCGCGUCGUACACGUCACAUCCGGCGCACACAUCUUCCCCCUCCCUCCCGCAAUCCCAGACCCAUCCUCUCUAUCUCUCCUCUCCAACGGAACAGCAGGCGUCGACCCCCUCUCAAUAUCAUGGAGCAAUCCCGCUUCCACACCCGCAGCUUCAACCUUAGGCUCGGACGAAAGCCUCGGCGGCGCCCUCCUCACGCCCAUCACAUGGCUAAACCGAAACGGAGCCGGCACACACUCGCCCAUGGAAGGAGAAGUGAAGACCGAGAGCACAGAGAUGAUCGAGGGUCCCAACGGCCCCGGUGGAAUCGAAACCGUGUCCGUGUCCGUGAACGGGAUCUCGUCUACGACUGCUUCGGACCCGGAUCUUGCUGGGCUACGAGCCGAGGGCGGUAUUACACAGGGUGAGUUGUUGAGGCAGGAGCAGAGAGCGGGUGUUGUGCCUGCGGCUCAGUUACAUGGUACGAGAGGGGACACGGACGGGCAUGGAGAGGAUGAUGAGAUGCCGCAUGCGCGGGGACCGGAGGAGAUGACUAUGGAGGAUAUGGGGCCGCAGCGGGAUGGGAGCGGGACUGAGAGGAGUGGACCUGGGGUGGGGAUGCAGGGGAUUGAUAUCGAGGCUGCUGUUGGACGGAAACUGGAGGUUCAGAAAGAGGACGAUGAGGACAGCGAAGAAGGGGAGAGCAAAGGCAAAGAAGUCGAACCACCCACGACUCCGAAACGAGAAGCAGAGGAUGAAUUGGCCGGUGAAGGAAAGAGGUUGAAGUCUGCAUCAGAACCAGAACCCGAUUCCGAGCCAAAGGAAGAAGAGAAAGAGGACCAGGAGAUGGAAACCGUAGACGCAGACGGAGACCCCAAAAUCAGUGAAGAGUGUGUCGAGGAAAUAUGA